AUGGCGUCGUCUGAUUCUGAUUCUGAUUCUGAUUCUUCUUCGCGAAGAAGAAGACUGCCACCUCCGUCGCCGCCGGUGAUGGAACCCAACGAUGAUAACGACGAUGAUACGUAUGAUUCGUCCAAGACCUCUCCCGCGGUAAACCUUUCCGUGAAGGAACGAAUUCAAAUGAUGCAACGAAUGACCGAUGCGAAGAAACCGUCGCCACCGUUGAUGACGAGCGGAAUGGUGCAACAACAACAACAACAACAACAACAGACGUCGCUGACGUCGAAAGUAGGCGCGAUGGAAACGACGCCGAGGCAGUUAACGCCGAGCUUUGAAUCUGCGGAGGAGGAUGAUGCGAAGACAAAGAAGACAAAGGUGAAGAAGGUGGUCGCGACGCCGUUGCCAAAGUACACGCCGUAUCGCAAAGAACGAGAAGAAGAAGAAGAGAAGAAGGAAGAGUUUCAAACGGCAUCGGCGUUGAUUCGACAACGGUCUGCACCGCAAUCGGUGACGACGACGACGCCCGCAUUUUUGUCCAAUAUUCCUCGGUCGCCGCAAAGGUCGCCUCGAUCGCCCACGUUCAGAGAUCGAACGCAAAUGUUUGAACAACAACCGGUAGCGUCGGUUUCGCAACGACAGGCGCAGAUGUUAAAAAACUUACGGUUGAAAAUACAAGCGAACAUCGAGAAAUCCGAGGAGAUUGCGCUUCGAAGGAAGAAAAUGAACGACGCGUUCGUGAAUUUGCGGAAAGUAAAGUCCAAGUUGGAACAGAAAUACGCGUACGGUGGCGGCGAAGGUUUUGGUAACAAAACGACGAUUCAGACGACGACGCAGUUUCGAAAGAAGAUCAUCUCAAAACUCGUCGAGACGGAAUUUGAAGUCGAAACGAAAGCGAUUAUGUUCAACGCGUGGAAAAUACGGACAGAGAAAGAAAAAGAAAAGAGGGAAGUAGUGACGACAAAACUCAACGCGAUACGUGCCGUCGCUUUGCGGCGAAGUUUUGAUCACUGGCGCGAUGUUUCCGCGUCUUUACAACCGAGAAGAGUAGCUUUGGAAGCUUUGGAAUUGAACGCGAAGCAACGACACGUGCGCGACAUUUUCAAUCGUUGGCGUAAAUUCGCUAAACUUUCAAACCGAGCGAUGCACGUGGCGACGAUGAAAACGAUAGAUGCGGAUAAGAAAACGCUAUCAAUCGCGUUCGCGCGUUGGGAGUUGGCGCUGGCGAAAAGCGCAAAGAGUAAAGCGGAGAAGAAACUCGUUCGGGCGUUUGUUUUGAAAAAGGCAUUCGUCGCGUGGCGAAUGGCGAGAGAUGAGUCCGCGUUCAAAGUCGAAGUUGCGAGACGGAAGUUGCGUGGCGAUGACGAAAGUGAACUCGUCGCUUUCGUGGACGCUCGAAAAAGUAAAGCUGAAAGUGAACGAAUGUCUCUGUAUUUUCGCAGCGAAGGAUCCGCGGCGAGGAAAAAGUUGGAGCGAUUGAAAGGUCAAUACUACGCAGCGACGAAUUACGUAACAACUUUAUUACCGUUGGCUACGUUACACUCGCCCUGGGAUACGUUUGCAGCAUCGCCAACCAAUACCGACGAGGCCGCCGCCGCCGACGACGAAAGGACGACAUCAAAGAACGUAAAAAAAGUCGUCGAAGAGUCCAAGGUUGAGGCGUUACUUCGAGAAGCGAAAGAAUCGAUUCAAAGAGCCGACGAACUGAAAGAAGAGUGCGAGUUUGCCCGAAAUGUCGCCGAAGACGCGGAAAACGCGUCUGAUUUUCUUCUCGUGAUGUUUCAACAAGGUAAAAAUGUCAGUCAGACUCACUUAUCGAACGCUUUGAUACACGCGGAGAAGAUGUACGGAAAAUUUACGCUCUUAUCGGUCGAGUGCGAGAAGGCUUCGGCAGAAGCGGUGAGAAAAGUGAGAAAAGCUAAAGAGGCGGAAAAAAUGGCGGAGAAGUACGAGCGCGUUCGUUUGAUACGUAGCACCGAUGGUUAUAUCCCGCCGACCGAUGGUGGUGAGCUAGAAAAAAACCAGCCUCGAACGAAGACGACUUCGCGGGAAAUCGCGGUGGUUUUCGCCAACAGGAACGUCGCCAAACGCUUUUUAGAGAAAUGGCAAAGCGCGAUUGAGAUUCUCCAGCGCGAUAGACUCGAGUUAUUCUUCACCUCGUGGCGAGAACAAGCUCGAAAAGGGUUGAUAACACGCGCCGAUCGCGAGAUUCAAAUCGAAAAUUUCAUUGAAAAGAGAACGGUAAUGGUGAAAGCGAAAGUCUUCUCGGCUUUGUACUGGCACAGGAAGUGGAGACAAGAUCGAAAGAAAGUUCUCGAAAUCUCCGUGAAACCCAUCGCGAGAGACUCUUUGUACUUUGCAUUGAAACGGUGGAAAAUCAAAAUAUACAACAAAAAACUAUUAUUCCGCGUGUUCACCAACUGCGAACGCGCCUGGGACGAGAAACGAAACGAACCGUACGACACGGAAAACAUCCAAACGAAACGAGACGUUUUACGCGUUUGGCUGAAAAACGCCAAAGAGGCAAAAAAAAUGCGCGACGAGUACGUCCAAGCCACGCAGUUCCGCGACGUGUCUCUCAAACUCAACGCAUUCCUCGCCUGGAAAUUGAAAACCUCUUCAUCCAAGCGAGACGAGCUCGAAAACGCUCGCGAAUGUGAAAUCAACGAGCAAAUAGCCGAUACUUUUCGCCGAGUCUCUCUCUCGCAAAAAGUCCUCUCGGCGUGGCGCGUUCGAGUGUUCAACUCGUGGAGAGAGCGGUUAGCCACCGAAAUGGGCUACCGCACGAUAGCGAGGAGAGUUUUAAGAGGGUGGCAUCAACGAGUGGUCGUCGCGUGUUAG